AGAUACUAUUACGACAAGAACAUCAUCCACAAGACGGCCGGCAAGCGCUACGUCUACCGCUUCGUGUGUGACCUUCAGAACCUCCUCGGCUACACGCCCAGCGAGCUCUUCGACGCUUGCGACAUCAAGCCACAGAAGGACAAGGAGGACGACUGACUUCCCUCACACACGCGCACGCACGGAUGGACGGACUCACGCGCGCGCACGGAUGGACGGACACGCACACGGAUACAUGCGCGCUGUUUUUUUCGUUUGUUUAGAACAUGACCUUGACCUUGUGAGAUUCAUAGACUUUGACAUGUUCUAGAUUUGAUCCAUUGAUGACCUUGACCUUGUGAGGUUCCUAGAGACUGCCUUGUUCUUAAUUUGACAUAUAUAUAUAUACAUUUACAAAUUGCUGCUUUUAGAUCAGUACUUUGUAGAAAACAGUAGAUCUCUAUUCACAAACUGAAAGUGUCCUUUGAUGGUAGGCAUGCGUGCAUGUAUCUGUGCAUCUCAUUUUGUGACGAGAA